AUGCCGAGCAUAAGCCCUGCAGAAUGUGUACGAACACCUCUUCUGUUCCCCGAUGUCCCAGAGACUGAUGAGAACUAUAUAGAGGACUCUUGUGUGGCCAUGCUCAGCUUUGGGGCUUGGGUUGAAAAGAAGUGCUCAGAGCAUUUGCCUUUUAUUUGUUAUGAAGAUGAGUUCUUUGGCCACGCCAGCGUGACCAACGUGACGACCAGCAGCGCUGUUCUCACGAGGCGUUCCGGGCCUCAGGGUGUCAGCCAUUACCGUGUAGAGGUCACAGGUGACAAACAGUGGACAGAAAUAGACAACUGGACUAAUUUGACCUUGAACCUUUCAAGCCUCACAGCGGGCACCCGCUACUCGGUCCAGGUGUUCCCUGUUAAAUGUGAGCGAGACCUCAACCCACAGGAGGUCACCUUCUACACCCAACCUAACAAAGUCAAAAACCUCAAUGUAACCAACGUGAAAGAAACAUCUGUCUCUCUGAGCUGGGACAAACCAGGUGGAAAUGUGGAUUUCUAUCUCACUAAGGCCAACGGUCAGAAGAUUGAAAAAAACACAGUGGGCUCAGAGGUCGAUAAUUUGAUACCUGGAAACCUUUACACAUUCACCGUCCUGGUAGGAGUCGAGGACAGAUCCACAUGGAGUGAAGAAUGUAGCAUUUCCGCAUAUACCAAGCCUGGAAAAGUGUCCGACCUGAGUGUGUCCGAGAAUGGGGAGACCUCGCUCCUGCUGCACUGGAGGGCACCUGAGGGAAAUGCCACAGAUUUCUUGGUGAAGGCCGUGGACGACCGCAACGAGACAUCCAUUUCUAAAGAGGUGGAGUACAGGUCCAAUCAAACCCGGCAGAAAGUGACGGUGACAGGGCUGCCCGCGGGAUCCAGGAUAAUCCUCGGCGUGACAGCGUUGGCCAAUCGCACUCUGGAGGGAGAACCAGUGACCGUCGUCAACUACACCGCUCCUGGGUCGAUUUCAGCCCUGCAGCUGAACGCGACAGCCGACUCGCUCGAUGCCACCUGGACCCCUCCGCCCGGUAGGAGCUUGUCCUUCGCCGUCAGGCUCCAGCAGGAUGGCCGAGACGUGAAGACGGCGGCGGGGCUAAGGGAGCCCGCGAUGCGCUUUGACCAACUGCAGACUGCAACCCAGUACACAGUGGUGGUCUACAGCGUCAGUGGGCAUAUCCGAGGCUCAGCGGUGGAGAGCUCCAAAUUCACCUUGCCGCGUCCACCUACGAACCUCCGUGUCGUUUCCACCAGUAAGACCCACAUCGCCCUCGACUGGAGGGCCCCCGACGACAUAAAACGAGCGAAUUACUCGGUACAGCUCCACUCCGGCUUCUGGGGCCAGACGCUGUCCUUCGACGUGGAUAACGAGACCAGCCACACGUUCGAGAACUUGAAAUCCGGCACCAUGUACAGGGUCCAGGUGCGAACGGUGACGCCAGAGGAGCAAAGUGCCCCCUUGGCCCGAUCCCAUUUUACAGACGCAGACGAAGCGGAAAUCAGCCUGUCCAUGAUCUGCUCUUCGCCGGAGCCUCUCCUCUGUGACAACGACUCCGCGAGGGAGACCGUCGUCAACCAGCUGAGAGAUCGUUUCAAAGUGAUGCUGGGGGACGGUGUUGCCUGGAGACUCGAGAUUCAAGAAAGUGAAACCACUACAACAUAAUUUUUUUUUUUUGUUUCAUUGGUAUUGGUGAAGGUAUUUUAGACGUGUUUUGUCAUGGAUGUUUUUUUU